GGGGCGCCCCCCACUAGGACCGGUUCCAGUGCGACCAUGGCAGCCGCGCCGCGUUGCUGCACCGUGGACGGUGUGGUUGCUUUCAUCGGCGUCGUGAGCGCGGUGAUACACGUGCUCGAGUUCUUCGCCUUCUGGUACCUGCUGGCAGCCUUCUUCAUCCUCACCGGAGACUCGCACCGACCCGACGACCACUUCUGGGGCCUCCUCUACCCGGCGCUGCUGGUGCUGCACUCGGUGCUCCAGGCGGCGCUCUCCCUGCUGCUUGCCGCAGGCGCCCUGAAACGGCGCAAGGCGUACAUUCUGCCCUGGAUCGUCACCAGCAUCGUCGAGUGCGCGCUGCUCUUCAAGUGCAGCAUCUUCCUCGGCCUGCAGUCGGUGCCGGCCAGUGCCUGGAUCACCGCCACGACGGUGGCCUUCUCCAGCGUACAGCUCUUCUACGUGUCGUGCGUCGUGCUCUACUUCCGGAGGCUGAAGAAGAUGGAACGCGAGAUACAGCCACCCGAGGUCUACAAGUGUUUCUAAGAUUAGCCUUUCGGUGAACGACGGUAACGCACGACAUGCUCGUCAGACGCUCACUUUCGGUAGCAUUCAUUGACACUGUUUCAUUAAACUGCGAUUGUUAUAUUGUUG